AUGGCGGAAAAAGUUACCCAUUUGACACACGGAGCAUUAAAAAGCAUAGUAGAAACCCAAAAUGGUACAUUACAAUAUUGUGUUUAAAUUUUACAUGCAGAAGAAAAGAGUGACUUGGUAACAAAGGCUGGAAGUUUAUCACUAUGCACAUGCAGCGAUGGAUUUGCUAAAAUGACUAUGCAUUUUCUCAAUUUAAGCCCAUCCAUUUUAACUAAUAUCUCAAAAACUAAACCAAUUAUUAGGAUCUCAGAAUUGAAGAUGAAUUCAUCAUUUUAUAUUGUUACCAAACAUGAAAUCAUUUAUUAAGAUAAGGGUCAAGUCGGAUAGCCCUUAGAUUAUGAAGAAUUCAAGAGAUUGAAUUACACAAAUCCAAAUGGAAACACAGAAAUUCAAUUUGCAAAAGCGCCUCAUACUCUCCAAUUAAAUUCUAAUAAAAAAUAAUCCAUUUUACAAUAACAAUAAAAGUAGACCAACGAAAAUGUUAAUGCCGAUCAAUAGCAAGGUAAAUCUGCAGUUAAACUCUCAAUUUAAUAAAAGCAAUAAUAAUCUAGACCGGCAAUUUAAAAAAUUGAACAUAAAACUGAAUAUGCACCUUCUGAUUAAAAUCUAUUGAAAAUAACAGAGCUUUAUCCUGGAAUGAGAGGAUUCAAAAUCAAAGGAAGAAUUACCUCCAAAUCAGAUAAAACCUAAUUUAAAAGUGGAAAGGGAUAAUUAUUUUCCAUUGAAAUUAUCGACUCAGAAAAAUCAACUAUUUAGGGAGUAUUCUUUAAUAAUUAGUGUGAUAAGUUUUAUGAUUUAAUAGAUUUGGGAAAGGUUUAUUAUUUUGAAAAUGGGUAAGUCAAAACAAAUAGAUAUUCAAGCAAAAAUUAAAAUUAGAGCGAAUAUUAAAUUCAUUUUGAGGAAGCUUCCAAAAUAUCUGAAGCCUUAGAAGAUAAAGAAAUAGAUGCUUUUCCAUUCUAAAUUAAAUAAAUAGGAGAUAUUGAUAAUUUGUCUUAAGAUGAUAAAUGCGAUAUUCUUGGAGUAAUUACAGAAGUUAAACCUUUAACACAAGUUACAACUAAAUCAAAUGAAAAUAAGGCUAAGAAAAAUAUAACCUUAUUUGAUCAAACUUAAAGAGGAAUUGAUAUUGUUCUUUGGGGAGCAUAAGCUGAGAAAUGGCAAUUUUAAAAAGAUGAAAUCGUUGCAUUUAGAGGACUUAAGGUGACUGAUUACUAAACGAUCAGAAGUUUAACAGUCACAAAUUCAACUACUUAUGAAAAGGAUUUAACUAAAUUAUAGAAAAUAAAUGGAUUCCAAGAUUUUUAUGAUUUUUAUAGUCAAAAUAAGGAUUUUAUAGAAUCUAAACCAAAGGAAUCAAAAAAGAAGUUUGCCUUAUCAUACAUUGAAUAAAUUAAAAAGGAUUUUGAAGGAUAAAGAAACAAUAAGCUAACCAAAUUUUAUGAAGUCAGGGCCUAUAUUACCACAAUAUUUACCAAACUUCUUUAUUAUGAAGGAUGUGAUAUCUGUAAAAGAAAAGUCGUUUUGGUAUAAUCAACAAAACAAUUCUUUUGCUAAAAUUGCAAUCAAAACUUCAAUAAACCUAGUUACAAGUAUAUCUUUAAUGCUAAAAUUGCUGAUACUACUGGAAAUCUGCCUGUUAGCGUGUCUAAUGAUUAAGGAUAAUCAAUUUUAAAACUGUCCUGUGAUGAAUUUAAAGCCAAGGAGAAAAAUUAAUAAGAUGAAAUAAUCAAAAGGGCAAGUUUUUAAUAAUAUAGAUUCCUAAUUAUUGGCAAGAUGGAAACAUAUAAUGAUGAAAGCAGACCUAGAUUCUAGAUUUCAUCCAUUAUUUAGGAUGAUGUGGUUAGUGAUAACGAAGAACUUUAUAAUUAGAUCAAAUAAAUGCUAAACCAAAAUGAAUGAUUUAAAGUUUGUUUACAAUUUAUGCAUUCAUCAAUUAUUAA